UCCCUCCGUACCGGUUUCAUCAACGGCACCAAAGUGUCAUCAUAGAAGUUAGCGUGCUUAGUGAGUUUGUCGAACUGUCUCUAAUACUAUUUCAGUACCAUUAAUAAAGGUAUUACUACGUAGUUGAACGGUGUCUUUGCAUAUUAUAACAAGGUUGCAACAUUUUCUCUUGAUUGGGGUUGUGGAACCGUUGAGGAAAGCAGACUAGGGUUGCUUGUUAGCUAGCUAGCUAGCACAGUGACAACAUUAUAACGUCAUUCGGGUGACAAGAGUGUUGCUGAAGAAUUCCGCGGACUUUAUCCAACAGGUCUUCCCACGUGAAUAGCAAAUGAUGGAGUUGCAGGCCAUAUUGAUGGCUGCUGGUGGUGGGUCCCGUAUGAUGGACCUGACCUACAACACCCCCAAACCGCUGCUACCUGUAGGGAACAAACCCCUCAUUUGGUACCCUCUCAACCUGCUGGAGAGAGUGGGGUUUGAAGAGGUGAUUGUCAUCACAACCAGAGAUGUGCAGAAGAUGAUCAGCACCGACCCAAGGAUGAAGCUGGAUGUAAAAAUGAAGUUGGACGUGGUGUGUAUCCAGGAGGAGGCGGACAUGGGCACCGCAGACGCCCUCAGACAUAUCCAGCAGAAGAUCAAGACGGACGUCUUGGUGGUGAGCUGUGACCUGAUAACGGACGUCGCUUUACACGAGGUGGUCGACCUCUUCCGUGCCCACAACGCCACUCUUUCCAUGCUGAUGAGCAAAGCCCACGAGUUCACAGAGACUGUCCCCGGACAGAAAGGAAAGAAAAAAAACGGGGAACAGAGGGACUUUGUUGGCGUGGACGGGACAGGGAAGAGGCUACUCUACAUGGCCAACGAAGCUGACCUGGACCAAGGUCUGGUCAUCCGUAAGUCCAUCAUGAAGAAACAUCCAAGGAUGCACAUCAAAACCGGCCUUGUGGACGCACACCUGUACUGCCUGAAGAAAUCCGUGGUCGACUUCCUUGCAGAUAACAAAUCCAUCUCUUCGAUUCGGGGAGAGUUAGUCCCAUAUCUGGUCCGUAAACAAUUCUCUAAAUCCACCAACUCACCAAAGAUCAAGGAUGAAGCUGAUCAGAACCUAAAGGGAAAGGACGUCAGUGUAAACCCAGAGAUCCAGAUCUGGUUUAGAGAUGAGAAGCUUCUGCAGCUGUCCCAGGAGAGGUCCUGCUGGAACGACCACCGCGGGGACAUGGGCGAAGCCUACCACGGAGGGCGCCUGCGCUGCUACGUGCACAUCAUGGAGGAGGGCAUGUGUUACCGUGUCAACACGCUAGCGGCCUACAUCGAAGCCAAUCGCCUGGCCCCCAAGCUGUUUGAAGAGCAUGCAAUCCAUCCGUCAGCAGUCAUAUCCGAGCGAUAUCUGAUUGGUGCGGACAGCAUAAUAGGGGCUUCCUGUCAAAUCGCAGACAAGACAUCCAUCAAGAGAUCAACGAUUGGCAUGUCUGCCGUCGUCAGAGAGAAGGUCAAAGUGACCAACUCAAUCAUCAUGCAUGGGGUGACCAUCGAGGAGGGGUGUAACAUCCAGGGCAGUGUGAUCUGCAGCGGCGCUGUGAUCAGCCGAGGCGCGGACAUCAAAUACUGCCUGGUGGGGAGUGGCCAGCGAAUCGAUCCUGAGGCUGUAAGGACUAAUGAGGUGAUUGUUGGAACCGACCAGCUGAUGGAGAUCUAGGCUUGGAGAAGACUGACCGAGCGACUGGAUGGCCGCCUUGGUGACCAAUCCAACAGAUUGCAACAGCAGUUAGACUAACUGACCACCAGGCAGGUCCACCCACUACCCAUCAUCUCCUCAUUGGUUUUCUUUCUUUUUUCUUUUUUUUUUUUUUUUUACAUUGUGUCCAAAUAAAAGCGACUUUAUUUA